AUCUUAACCUCUUCCUUUCCUCCACCACCAAGUAGCAACGACUACCAGCGCCGCCAGUAUUCAGCCCCUCCGGUAGGCCAAAGCGACCAACAUGUCACAAGUCGCCUCCCAGAACCGGUUCGCCUAUCUCGGCAACGACUCCGACGGCGAGGAGAAGCCCGUCGUCCCUGUCAAGACCGUCGACAAGGCCACCUCCCGCACCACCAAGCGCAAUGCCGAGCCUCAGGCCCCCCAGGCCCCUGUGAGGACUGGUGGCAACCGCCGUGGUAACCUCGGCGGCAACGAGGGCGCUUUCCGUGAUCGCGCCGCUGGCCGGGAACGCAACCAGGGCCGCUCCACCGAGGAGACCCCUAGAGAUGCUCCUCGUGGUGGUCAGGGAGCUCGCGUCCGUGGAGGCCGUGGCGGACGUUACCCCCGUGACCGUGACGACAGACAUCCCCACAAGUCUGGUACCACCACUGGUUCCGACAAGCAGGCUGCUCAGUCUUGGGGUGCCACCGAAGGCAAUGCCGAGCUUAAGGACGAGCAGGCCGGUGAAGCCAUUGCCGAGUCUGAGAAGAAGGACGAGGCCGAGAAUGCCGCUGCUGAGGAGCCCGCUGAGCCCGAAGAUAAGAGCAUCUCGUACUCCGACUACCUCGCCCAGCAGGCUGAGAAGAAGGGUGCUUUCGACUCUGAGAUCAACAUCCGUGCUGCCAACGAGGGAAGCAAGAUCGACAAGAAGUGGGCCGCUGCCAAGCCCCUCGAGAAGGAGGAGGACGUCUACUUUGCCGGCACUGGCGGCAAGAAGCAGCGUGAGCGUGAGCGCAAGGUGAAGCAGACCGUCGACUUCGACCCCCGCUUCGUCGAGCCUGAGCGAACCCGUGGUGCCGGCCGUGGCGGUCGUGGCGGCCCCCGUGGCGGCCGUGGUGGUGACCAGCCUCGUGGCGGCAGGGGCAACUUCCGUGGUGGACGUGGCGGCCAGGCUGCCUCUAUCAACACCAAGGACGAGUCUGCCUUCCCUAGCCUGGGCAACUAAACUGCCAGCGACUCAUGAAGUCCUCAAAGACCCUCUCCUUGGCUGACGGACCGGGCAAAUUUACAAUGUGCUUCCCACAUUUAGAGAAACAAAAGGAGAAUCCAAUAUGUGUGGAGGGCUUUAAGCCUCUUUUCUGUUUUGAUAGUUGACCAAAAAAAAAAAGAG